GUUUGACCUGUACGCAUGCGCACACAGUGCGACAGUAUGGCGGAGUGUAAAAACUUGGAGUGUGCCGAAAGCAGUUUGAGAAGAAGACACAAAGGCGAAACUCUUAGUUCUUUCAAAAAGUCAGAAGACAGCAAAAGUGAAACAGUUCAACAGAAGGAGAAAAACGACAAAAAAGAGGAGGUUCGGGUGAGAACAGGGACAUACUGGCUGACCAGGAUCCUGCUGCUGAGGUCCAUCGCCUUCAUUUACUUUGUUGCCUUUACUGUGGCUUACAACCAGAACAAGCAGCUGAUUGGAGAGAGAGGUCUCACACCCAGCAGAGACUACCUGCGCAGUGUUAAACGAUAUGUGGGUGGUAAGAUCGGCUUGGCUGCUCUCUCCUAUGCUCCCACCAUUUUAUGGUUCAUGGACUGGGAAGACAUGAAUGGCAACCUAGAUGCCAUAGCCCUGGCAGGAUUGGCACUUUCUGGCUUUGUCUUCUUAUUAGGGACAGCCAACAUGAUUAUCAUGUCACUGCUGUGGAUCCUGUAUCACUCGAUAGUUAAUAUUGGACAGCUGUGGUAUUCCUUUGGUUGGGAGAGCCAGCUACUUGAGACAGGAUUCCUCUGUAUUUUUCUGUGUCCUGUAUGGAGUCUUGCAAAGUUUCCUCGUCACUGCCCACCUUCUCUCAUAUCUAUCUGGUCUUUCCGCUGGCUUAUCGUGCGAAUCAUGCUUGGAGCAGGGUUGAUUAAGAUCAGAGGAGAUCAUUGCUGGAGGGAUCUGACCUGCAUGGACUAUCACUAUGAGACGCAGCCUGUUCCUAACCCUAUCUCAUACUUUUUGCAUCACUCUCCAUGGUGGUUCCAUCGUUUUGAGACCAUGAGUAAUCACUUUAUUGAACUUGUCGUGCCUUUCUUUACUUUCAUGGGCAGACGCAUGUGCAUGGUAAACGGAGUCCUGCAAAUCCUCUUCCAGGUAGUUCUUAUCCUCAGUGGGAAUCUUAGUUUCUUGAACUGGGUAACUAUAGUACCAAGUUUAGCUUGUUUUGAUGAUGCAGCAUUAGCAUUUCUGUUUCGGCCCAGUCACCAAACUAAUCAGACCCUACUGAAGAAUGAGGAAGCAGCAGAACAAACACCCACUAAAGGUAUGCUCAUUAGGCGGGUGGUUAAUGUGGCUUUUGGCAUUUUAAUUGCAUAUCUGAGUGUUCCUGUGGUAAUCAACCUUCUAAGCCCCAGACAGGUGAUGAACACCUCUUUUGACCCUCUCCGCAUUGUCAACACUUACGGGGCUUUUGGAAGUAUAACUAAGGAGAGAACAGAGGUGGUGUUUCAGGGCACACUCAAUGUUACACACUCUGAUGAGGGUGUUGUAUGGGAGGAGUAUGAAUUCAUGUGCAAACCUGGAACGAUAGAGAGAAGACCUUGCCUCAUUUCCCCUUAUCACUACAGACUGGACUGGCUGAUGUGGUUUGCUGCCUUUCAAACAUAUGAGCAAAAUGAAUGGGUUAUUCAGAUAGCAGGCAGACUUCUAGCUAAUGACUCCACUGUGCUUUCUCUAAUGGCCCACAAUCCAUUUCAGGGCAAAGACAAACCUCGGUGGAUACGAGGAGAACACUUCAGAUAUAAGUUCACCAAACCAGGCAGUGCUUCUGCAGCGAAGGGAAACUGGUGGGUCAGGAAGCGCAUUGGUCCUUAUUUUCCCCCAGUCAACUUGGAAGGCCUCAGAAAGUACUUUCGGUCAAGAAAUUGGCCGCAACCAGAUAUCGAAUAAACAGUUCACGCUGCCAUCCGACAUAAUCAAAUAAAUAUUAUAAAAAAAGAUUUUA